AUGGCUGAUCUCGCCAGCCGCAUCACCAAGCCCGACGAGGCUCCGGCUGCCGCCCCCGAGGCUGCGCCCGUGUCUGCCCCUGCGUCCGAAGAGCCCAAGGCCCCCGAGAACGAGACCUCCAUCGAGGAGAGCCAGAGCAACCUUGUGAAGAACGAGUACGAAGUCGAGAUCAAGUUGAGCGAUCUUCAGAAUGACACCGAAAGUCCUCUCUACUCCGUCAGCUCGUUCGAUGAGUUGGGUCUCCCCGAGGCUGUCAACCGCGGUCUGCUCGCCAUCAACUUCAAGAAACCUUCCAAGGUCCAGGAGAAGUGCCUUCCUCUCAUGCUCUCCGACCCUCCCCGCAACAUGAUCGCCCAGUCUCAAUCCGGUACUGGAAAGACUGCCGCUUUCGUCCUUACCGUUCUCUCCCGCAUCGACCUGUCCAAGCCCCACCAGCCUCAAGCCCUUCUGCUUGCUCCUAGCAGAGAGCUUGCCCGCCAGAUCCAGACCGUGGUCCAGACCAUCGGUCAGUUCUGCGAGAAUUUGAUUGUCGAGGCCGCUAUUCCCGGUGCCAUUUCGCGCGAGACGGGUGUUAGAGGCAGCGUCGUCGUGGGAACUCCGGGAACUGUCAUGGACCUUGUCAAGCGCAGGCAGUUUGACAUCUCGCAGUUGAAGGUUCUUGUUAUCGACGAGGCCGACAACAUGCUUGACCAGCAGGGACUGGGUGACCAGUGUGUCCGCGUCAAGAACAUGCUCCCCAAGACCAUUCAGAUCCUCCUUUUCUCUGCGACGUUCCCAGACAAAGUUCUGAGAUUCGCCGAGCGCUUCGCACCCAACGCCAACCAGAUGAAGCUCAAGCAUAAGGAGCUUACGGUCAAAGGUAUUUCGCAGAUGUUUAUGGACUGUCCUACCGAGAAGGACAAGUACGACAUUCUCUGCAAGCUGUAUGGUCUCAUGACCAUUGGUUCUUCCGUCAUCUUCGUCCGGACGAGAGAGACGGCCAACGAGAUCCAGAAGCGCAUGGAAGCAGAUGGUCACAAAGUUUCGGCCCUUCACGGCGCCUACGAAGGCCAAAGCCGUGAUGUUCUUCUCGAUGAAUUCCGCUCCGGACGUUCCAAGGUCCUCAUCACCACAAACGUUCUGGCACGUGGUAUUGAUGUUUCCAGUGUGUCCAUGGUCAUUAACUACGACAUUCCGAUGAAGGGACCUGGCGAAAGGGAGCCGGACGCAGAGACAUACCUUCACCGUAUUGGUCGUACCGGUCGUUUCGGUCGUGUUGGUGUCUCGAUCAGCUUUGUUCACGACCGUAGGAGCUUCGAAGCGCUCUCCCAGAUCGCUCAGUUCUACGGAAUCGACCUUAUCCAGCUGAAUCCCAACGACUUGGAUGAUACCGAGAGGAAGGUGCAAGAAGUUAUCAAGUCGAGUAGGGCCCAAGCGGAGUACGUUCCCAGCGCUACUGAUUCGGCCGCUUAG